GGCGAGGCGAGGCGAGGUGGAAAGAGGAAGAAGGCAGAAGGCAGAAGGCAGAAAAAAUGAAGAUAGGACAGGUGAAGGCGGGUGGUGGUAGAUGUUUUUGUUUUUUGAGAGAGUGUGAGGGAGAGGGGCAGGACUUUGAUGGAGGACGGAGGAGGCAAGAGAGGCGAGGAGGGGACAACCAGUCUUUGCGAAAAUGCGCCAGCUGGGAGCCUGCGAGGGGAGAGAGGGGAGGGAGAGGGGAGAAGGGAGAAGGGCAGAGGGAGGGACGGAGCAGGAGAAAGUGAAGAAGAGAAAAGGGUCACACAGGGUCGGGGGCUAACUUCUACGAGUUCGAUGCAAGCGGACGCCCACGCCCACGCCCUCCGCCCUCGCCCUCGCCCUCGCCCACACCCACGCCCACAACACAACGACGAUGUCCAAGCCCAAGGUCCAAGGUCCAAGGAUGUUGGGUAUUUGGUAGGGCGAUCCACGCUGCGGUUCCACCCUGGGAAGCACCAGAAGAAUCCCGAGACCCUUCCCAGGAAACGCGGGCCACGGCCUGUCUCUCUCCUGGAUCUGAUAGGCGUGACGGGCUCAACCGGUGAUGAUGCUCGACCGGGGAGAGAUUCUUUACAGUUUACAGUCAGUUCCAACCUCCUCCUACACUACUACUCUGUACACCUCUAGCUGCUCCUUGGUGUCCGCGGAUUCCUGAACAGGACUAAUAA